CUCCUUUUUCAAAAAGAGCUCUCCCUCUACUCCUAUAAAUACCUCAAUCAAAUACCCCAAUAUCCAUCAUUCACAUUCUCCACACUAAAUUCAUCAGAACCCUAGCUAACGAGAGAAAAAUGGGGAGGGCAUUGUUCUUGUUCUUGUUCGCAUUCGUCGUCGUCGCGCUAGCUCUAAACCGCGCGAUGAGCAUCCCGAUCACCGAGAAGGACCUCGCAUCGGAGGAGAGACUCUGGGGCCUCUAUGUGCGGUGGCGGAGCCACCACACGGUGUCGCGGGACCUCCGGGAGAAGGAAAAGCGGUUCAACGUGUUCAAGGAGAACGUCAAGUACAUCCACGAGUUCAAUAAGAAGGAUGAGCCCUACAAGCUCGCGCUCAACAAGUUUGCCGACAUGACGAAGGACGAGUUCAGGAGGACGUACGCGGGCUCGAGGGCGCAGCACCACCGUGCGUUGAGGGGCGCGCGGCGCCCCUCGGGGAAAUUUAUGUAUGAGAAUGUGAGGGAUGUCCCCGAUUCGGUCGAUUGGAGGCAGAAAGGUGCGGUUACCGACGUCAAGAACCAAGGCCAAUGCGGAAGUUGCUGGGCCUUCUCAACUGUUGCUGCAGUAGAGGGAGUAAAUCAGAUCAAAACUGGGAAGCUCAUUUCCUUAUCAGAGCAAGAACUCGUCGACUGCGACAACAGCGACAACCACGGAUGCGAAGGAGGUCUAAUGGAUAACGCAUUCGAGUUCAUCAAGAAGAACGGAGGGAUAACGACCGAGUCGAACUAUCCCUACGUCGCCAAAGAACAAAAAUGCGAUGCCGUCAAGGAGAAUUCUCAUGUGGUUGUGAUCGACGGCCACGAGGAUGUUCCUGUCAACAAUGAGGAUGCUCUAAUGAAAGCUGCGGCGAAUCAGCCGAUUGCCGUCGCGAUCGAAGCAAGUGGUAGUGAUUUCCAGUUUUAUUCAGAGGGCGUCUUCACUGGAGCUUGCGGUACGAAUCUGGAUCAUGGCGUUGCGCUCGUAGGCUACGGAACUACUCUAGACGGAACGAAGUAUUGGAUAGUGAAGAACUCGUGGGGUGCGGACUGGGGCGAGAAGGGAUAUGUUAGGAUGCAGCGCGGGGUUUCGGCGCAGGAAGGGAUAUGUGGUAUUGCUAUGGAGGCUUCAUAUCCUCUCAAAUCCUCGCCCAACCCGGAACCUACUCUCAGGGAUGAGCUUUAAGAUCUCGGCAAUAUAAUAUGGUCUCACUAUGUUAGAAUGUUAUUGAUAUAUCUUUGCUUUUAUCACGCUGCUAAAAUUUAUAUACCACUUAUCUACUAAAUAAAGGAAUAAGCAUAUUUUAGUCUAAUUUGUGUCCUCUUUUUUCUUUGUUUUGGGAGCUUUGGUAACUCUUUACUCUUGAUGAGCAAGCAUGCAUAACAUGUCUAUAUUUUAUUGAUGGUUGUCGAUGAAUCAUGAAUGUCGAUGAAUCACGAAGCUAAGGAAUAAAUUAAUGAAGCCGUUCAAAGCCACCGAUCUGUAAAAUGAUUGUAAAACUGUUCGUAAGUAGAGUAUUCGGAGAGUAUAAUAU